GUGUGUGUACUGUGCUGUGUGUGUGUGUGUGUACUGUGCUGUGUGUUGUGUGCGGCCACUUGUAACCUUGGGAGAGCGAUGUUCUAGGCUGGCGUUGCUGUCUGGGAUGGGAUUGCAGCGAUUCGCUAUAUGAUACACACCCCAACCCGCUGUUUGUUCUCCUCUUUAUGAAAUGGAAAAUCGCGGGGUCUACAGUGUCCUCUAUUACUUGGUGUUAAACGCGCCGCUUUUGCUCUAUGUCAACGCAAAAUUUAUCGAGGUGCCUCACGAUGUGACUGCUAAAGAAGGGGAUGAUAUUGAGAUGUCCUGCGCUUUCCGUGCCAGCGGCACCACCUCCUACUCCCUGGAGAUCCAAUGGUGGUAUCUGAAAGAGACGUCAAGGGAGCGGGGGCAUGAGGUGGCACUCAACACCCAGGGCAGCAGAACCAGGGUAUCAUUUGACAAGGAUGCCACCAAAAUCAGCACGGUCCGCGUGUUGGGCAACGACAUCUCCCACAAGCUGCGCAUCUCCGGGGUGAAGAGCGCCGACCAGGGGGUGUACGAGUGCCGCGUCACCGACUUCAUCGACCACCAAACCCAGGAGCACAAGGCCCAGGCCCGGCUGCGGGUCACGGCCCGACACCGGCCCGACGUGCAGGCGGCCGAGGCCGUGUCCCACAUCCAGAGCCACGGGCCCCGCAGGAGCGGCGGCGGCGGCGGCGGCGCCUCCACCCCAGCGCCCGACUCCGACAAGCGGGGACCGGCACCCGAGCCCGAAGCUGCUGCAGAGAGCGGCUCCUCCUCCUCCACCGCCUCCGCCAUCGCCACCGCCUCCUCCUCCUCCUCCCCCCCACCCCACUCGCCCGCCUCGGCCUCGGCCUCGGCCUCUCCGGCCCCGGGCAACGCGGCCAUCAUCGGACAGCACAGCUCCGGUUUGGAACCCCUUUGUGCUACUCACCCAUUCCUGUUUAUCUCUUUGCUGAUCUUACAAAGGCUCUGCACAUAUUAGUAAACUUCUGACUGACUUCUUCGAAGUUGUAUUUCUCAAGUAAACACGGAAAAUGUGCAGCGGAGACAAAAAAAAACUGAAGAAAGGAGAAUUUGAGAACUAGUGCUUUUUUAAAGAAAAAAACACGAAAAAGGAUUUGAAGGCAUGAAGAGAGAGAAAAAAGAAUGAACUUCAAACAUUUUCAACCAUCUAUGUUGCACAUACUAAAUGUCCUCAACGUGAUGCAUUAAUUUUCCAGUAAAUAAAAUUUAAAGCCUUGCUAUUUGCAGCAUGGUUAUUAGUAAUAAGAUUAUUGAUUGUUCUCUGCAACAAAUUGCUACUGGUUGCCAGUUUACUGGUUCAUAGUAUUCUAAAGUGAAAAUGCAGAGCUGGUAAAUCUAAUGAAAUGUGAAUAUUUUAAGUUUUUUUUUGAUGAUUUCCCUCCUUUACUUUUACAGUACCUGUACUUAGAUUUAAUUCCCUGUGAGAAUUUUAAGUAGAUCCAACACAUCCCACCAUAAAUACUAUUUAGCAUCAACAAUAUUUAUUUUUUAAUAAAGAUGGGAAUUAAGGUAAGGCAUUCAUUUAUAAACUGUAUUGAUAUAUUGCUGACAAUAAGUUGGAAUAAAGAAUUUUGAAAUAAUGUCUUCGAUACUGAUUACAGU